AUGGAAGUUAAAAAAAGUUUUGAAAAUACUCCACUAAAUUCAAAGUGAGUAAAUGUGUCAACAUUAAAAUAAUAACAAUAAUAAUAUUAUUUUGUAAAAAAUCAUCCAAUUUCAUUUUUUACUCGCCCACCUACAAAAAAUAUUCCUAUUCUAUCACACCCUCUCUGUAAACCAUAAAAUAAGAGUCACCAAAUUAUUUCCAUGUUAGUCUUGUUGUAACUUAUCAAACUAUUUGCAGUCUAUAAAAUUUGUAAUGAUUUUUUAUAGUACACGUGUAAACAUUAGCGUAUUCAGAAAAAAAACUUACUUAAAAGCUAUAUAUUUCAUUUUUUUAUUGUUUCAUAGGUAAUACUAAACAUUUAGUGCAUAAUAUUUAGUUUUAUUAAACUAAAAUAAUUUAUGUUAUAUUUCUGAACAUCCAUCCAUCUAUGACUCGCUCCCCAAUUUUUUUUUUUUUGUGAAUUAUAUAAUAUAAAUAUACCAUUUCGCACUGCUCCUGCUAAUACUUGUUCUAAAUCUGAGUAUAACAGGAACCCGAGAUUGAAACAAAUUGUUUUCUACCAGUGAUAAACGGUUUAAACCAGGAUAAUAUUGAAUAGCCAAUACCUAAGCAUUCCAGUUUGUAAUUAAUAGUUCAUGGAUGACUGUAUCAAAUGCUUUUUUAAAGUUGGUAGUAACAACAUCAACCUGAUUGCCUGCUUUAAGACAAUCGCUAAUGUUGGUGAUAAUAUAUUACAUAUAACUGUUACAAUGUAUAGCAAUAUUAUAAGUAUAUAAACUUUUAUGAUUACAUAGUUUUUCAUUUAAAUUUGUUAUCACUAUUCAGAUCAAAUGUUUUACUUUCUAUGUAUUUUUUUAAGUACAUCAAAAAUUUAGAGCAUAGCGAGUUAUCUACUGGUUUUACUAAGUGUUUGUUUUUGACUGUAAAUAACUUUUCCAACAGAAACCUUGCUCCAAUUGAAAAAUGUAGUGCAUUUAAAGAAAUCAUUUUAUGAUUUUUCAAAUUGUUUUUCGAAAUACAUUGGAAAAAUCAGAAAUAAUUAUUUAUUUGUAUGGUUAUUUCAGUUAAAAUAUUUGUAUACAUUUGAAAUUUUAAUAGAAAACUCAUAUUUCAUAUUUUUGGUCAUAUUAAAAUUUUCAAAAUAUUUUCAAAAAAGGUGCUUUAUUUGAUACUUCGGACCAAGAUUUCUGGUAGAAUUUUUGUACACAGCAUAAAAAAUAUAAAAAAUAUAAAUAAACAUUAUUGCAAAACCAUUGUAUUUCUUGCUCUGCUCAGAAUCUAAAAUAUAUGUACAUACAUAUUUAAACCAAUAUCUCCAACCACUGAGAAAUGCACAAAAAAUCAGAAGUUAAGACAUUGAUAUUUUUAUCAUAAUAAUGGUUAAUAUUUGUCAUAAUCUUAUCUUAUUGUCUCAUAAUAAUUUUAAUGAAAAAGUUUAUUAUUAUUAUGUUAGUGAGAGCUUGGUCUGUCAGUAUUUUUAAAUUAGGAUUAAAAUAGGUGUUUGUUAGAGGAGGUUACACUGUGUAUAGAUUAAAAAUCAAGUUAUUAACUUUAUACUAACAUAAGUAUUGACAAAUAUGCACAUAAAGAUAUAAAAAAUACACAUGUCCUUCUACUGUGGAGCAUUCUCACUCCCUGAUAGGUUAGGUUAGGUUAGGUUUCAUUCAUUUUCCAAUUUUUUGUUUUCAUUUAAUACAGACACGAAAAAACCAAAAAGGAAUAUGGGUAAAAAAAUUAUAAUAAAAAAUUGACACAGGCAACAUUAGGUGGGACAGCAACUAAUAAUAAUAAAAAAUAUUAAAAGUUUGUUAUAGAUUAAUUGUCAACAGAAUACCAAUUUAUAAAAUCAUAGACAAAUAUGUAGUUACAAAAAAAUAAAAUCAAAAAUAUUUUCAGCUCUAUUCUACUAUAAUACAUAAUACUUACUAUAUAUUACUAUAAACCUUACAUAUUUUACAAACAAUCACAUUUUUUUUCAUAUUUGUAAAUUAUUUUAUAAACCAUCUAUUCAUCUUUAAAUGUAUACAAGUUAUAAAUAAUUUGCAACAGUUUCUAAUGACACAUUGAUUUAUUUCUUAUACUUUUAGAUCAAUUAAAGAAGAAAUGAUUGAUGGCAUGACAUUUUACAGUUCUUAUUACGAAGACAAAUCAAUGCAAAUAGAGUGAGUAUUAUGUAAUUUAAUAUUUCACUGUCCAUGUAUUUUUUAAGUUUAACUUUUUUAUUUUAUAUGAUGAACUGUUAACUUUUAUUUCUUCUUCCACGAAGACCUUAAGUUUAAAAUUGUCAUAAGGGUUAAGUUAGGUUGUUUUUAUUCUGACAUAUAAGUACCUACACCAUUGUAAAGUAACAUAAAGAUGCAUACAGAGCUAUUAAAUAUUUGAUUUAAUGUUAAAUUUUAUUAUUUUUAUUAUUGAGUUAUAUCAGGUUUAAUUCUAACAUAUAAAAAUACUGUAAAUUUUGUUAAUAUAAAAACAUAAUCAUGUUUUUAUAUAUCCACAUAAUAAUAAUUUUAAAUUCAGAGUGCAGUAUUACAGCGACAGUCAUCUGUAGUGCAUGUUUAUUGACACACAUACGCUAUCACUUCUCGCUUAUCACUUCAUUAAUUUUUAAAUUUAACUAGACAAAUUUAAUGAGUACUAAAUGGAACCUUAUUACUCAGCUUAAUUAUUAUCACUCUAUGUAUUGCUUUCAUUUGCGUUAAAACAAAAACAAAAUAUAAUACAUUGCCGAACAAAAAAAAUCCUAAAAACUCCCCAUUUUCUCUCCUCUCCGUGAAGAAGAUAACUCAUGGGUGGUCUCUGACACAGAUAAAGCAAACUUAUUUGUCUCUUAGUCACAAUGAACAACAUCUCAAUCUCCUCCUUUUCAGAAGUUAAAUAUCUUGGUCUCACACUCGACAAAAAAACUAACCCGGAAUCCUCACCUAAAAACCAAACGAAAAGCUCUUAAUACCCUUCUCAACCUCCUUAGACCCAUACUGAAAUUUAAAAUGAAUAUAAAUACCAAACUAUUUAAUUUACAAGUCCUUACUUAGGUCACUUUGGACCUAUGGACCUUUCAACUAUGGAGUGCCGCUAAACCUACUAACACCUGUACAAUCCAAGCAUAAAUCUACUAAUCUCUAAAUUAUCAACGAACACACUCCCUGCUAAUUCAGACUUAAAAGACAAUUGUGUAGACAUCUUCUUUAGUUGAUGAGCAGAAUAAGUGCUGGCUGUUGCUACCAGGCAACACCUUUCAAAAAAAAAAAAUUUUCAUUGUUAUUACUGUCACUUUAUAGGGUGUUACCACUGGGUAUCUUUCCUAAUCUUAUUAUUCAUGCUAAUUACUUUUAUUAACAUUUAUAAAACCUACUCAUUGUACAAAUAAAAAUUUUUAUAGAUUGUAGAUUUAUUUCUAUAAAAAUAAAAGAUUCAGAGUGUAAUAAGGACUGUAUUGGUUUUACAAUGAUGUUUAUUUAUUUUUUGUGUAGGCAACAUUUUUUACCAACAAUUUUGCUCCGAUUUACAAGUGUAACACAUUUUCUGAAAAGAAAUCAAACUGAGAAGUUAAUUUAGGGUGCUUAUUUUUUGAUAUAACCAGGGGUUUUCCCAAAAAAUGAAAAAAUAGGUACAAUAUUAAACAAAUAUUAUCAAAGAAAAUAUAUAAUACCUAUGUAAUUAUUUUACCACAAUAUGACAUAUAUAUUGUUGACAAUAUCAACUGAACAUAGCUCAGAAUUUUUUUCUUUAGCAAUGGUUUAUAGUUGCUUACAGAUUUACAUUAGAUAUCCCCUCUAAUACUAUUCUUACUUCUUACUUACAAUAGUGGCCACCCACCUGUAAAGUUUGUAUGUCUUUUUUUAUACUAUAUCAAAUUUUUACCAGAACUCAUGCUUCAAUGUAUUAAGUGUAGCAUCCUUUUUGAAAGCAAAUUUUUAUCUAGUUAUAGAGAGGUCAUUUUUUGAUUUUAUUGGAGAUUUUUUUAAUAGUUGAGAAAAAUGGCUGAAUAGAUAAAUAUUUUUAUCACAAUAAUUUUAUGAUUUUAUAUUUUUGUAAUUUAUGUUUUCUAAUAAUCCUUGCAUUUUGGAUCUAGUUGCCCACGAAUAAGUAAUUUUCUGUUUUUUUUUCAUAGGUUUUUUGCAAUACAACAAAUAAUUUAAUAAUAACAAAAAAAAAAAAAAAAAUUGUAGGAAAAUGUACAAAAAUAAUGUUUUUAUUAUUUUUAAUUUUGUUGUAAUUCAACUAAAAAUAUUUGUAGAUGCUUGAAAUUUGACCAGAAAAUUUAUAUUUGCCUCUUUAGACCUUUUUAGAGGUGGUAACAUUUUUAAAACUUUUAAAUUAUUUUUAGAUAUUUUAAUUUUACAAUUUUUUAUGUAAUUUUUAUUUGGUAUAUACUUUGUGUAACUUAUUGUAGGACUAAACAGAAAUAUUUGAAAAUUUAAUACAAGGUACAUUAUAAGUUGAAAAAUAAAUUUAAGUUCAGUGUAUUAGUUAUUUUAUUUGAUAAGUGUUUUGAGAUCAAAUUUUGAUGAAAAUUGUUCAUAUUACAUUUUUUAAAACAUGUUUAAUCAAACUUUCCUCCAAAUUAUUUUUUGUUAGCAAUGGUUUAUUAUUGCAUAAAGAUAAAUUAAAUUCCCAUCCAUUUCCUUCUUCACCAACUUCUGGUCUUUAACAGUAACUCACUCCUUGUGCAAACUAUGUCUGUUAUUUUUAUUCUGAGUAGAGUAAAGUAAACAUUUUUUUUGUUUGAUGGUACUUAAUUUGAACAAAUUUUCGAAAUUUCAUAAAACUUUCCAAAGAAAUCUUUUUGUUUUCUAUAACAUUUUAUGAUAACAUAAUUUUUCUUUCUGAUUUUUUUGUUAUCACUCUUUUUAUUAUUUGGUUAUAAUUAAAAAUUAGAACACUAUAUAUUAGAGUAUAUAGUCUUAUAUAGAGACUAUAUAACCAUUUAUUCACUUUUAUAUUUUUAAAAGUUAUAAAUAAAUUUAAACAUUUUCUAAUAGAUGCAUUGAUUUAUUUCUUUCACUUUCAGAUCAUUUAAAGAAGAAAUUAGUGAUGGUUCAACAUCUUAUAAUCCUUAUUAUAGAGAUAAAUCAAAGCAAUUAGGGUGAGUAUUAUUUAAUUCAAUGUUUACUGUCUGUGUAUUUUUUAAGUAUAACUAUAAUUUUAGAGCAUAGCAAGUGAUUUACUGGCGUUUGAUUUUGCCUGUAAACAAUUUUUCUAAUAUAAAACUUGCUCCAAUUUAAUCUAUUGUAUUAGAUACUUAACAUUUAUAAUUUUUCAAGGGGUUUCUGAAAUACAAUGGAAAAAUCAGAAAUAAUUUGUUUUUGAGUGUUAAUUCAGUUGAAAUCAUUUGUAGAGAUUUGAAAUUUGAUAGAAAACUUAUAUUGGAUAUUUCUCUUUGUAAAAUUUUAAAAAUAUUUUUGUCUUAUUUAUUAGCAUUUUAAUUGUAAGAUUUUUUACAUAGUUAUUAUUUGGUAGGUACUAUAUGGAUUAUAAUAGUAGUACCGGUUAAUUUGUGCGGUUUUCUAACAGAUGGCGUAACUUGAUUUUUAUUCCAAUGAUUCACCUUUCUAAAUAUGUGUUGGAAAGCUACUGUCAUAUUGUUUCAGAAUCAGUAUGUGUAAUUUAGCUGAAGCGUAAACAACAAUAUUUUUUUUUACUCGGAAAAUGUCGAAUUUUGUGCCGAUUAAAGUGUUUUUGCGGGGAGUACUUCUUCAUUACUUCAAUAUGAAGAAAAAGGCUGCCGAAAGUCAUUGCAUUUUGGUGGAAGUGUAUGGUGUGCAUGCUCUAGCUGAGCGUACGUGCCAGAAGUGGUUUGCACGGUUUANCCAAGAGACGUCGAACGUCGAUUUUUCGCGUGUGAACAACUGCUUCUGAAAAUGUUUUUUGCAUCGACUUGUCACUGGCGAUGAAAAGUGGGUCCAUUACGAUAAUCCAAAACGUCGGGCAACGUAUGGCUACCCCGGCCAUGCAUCAUCAUCGAUGGCCGUUCAGAAUAUUCAUGGCCUGAAGGUUAUGCUGUGUAUUUGGUGGGACCAGCUGGGUGUGAUCUAUUAUGAGCUGUUGCAACGGAAUGAAACGAUCACAGGGGAAGUCUACAACUGAUGCGUUUGAACCGAGCAUUGAAAGAAAAACAGCCAGAAACUGAGACCAGACACGAUUAUGUAAUUUUGCAACAUGGCAAUGCUCGGCUACAUGUUGCACAGGUCGUCAAAACCUACCUUGAAACACUUAAAUGGGAUGUCCUACCCCACCCGCUGUAUAGUCCAGACCUUGCGCCAUCUGAUUACUAUCUUUUCCGAUCAAUGCAACAUGGCCUGGCUGACCAGCACUUCUCCAAUUAUGAAGAAGUCAAANAGAAACUGAGAUUAGACACGAUUAUGUAAUUUUGCAACAUGACAAUGCUCGGCCACAUGUUGCACAGGUCAUCAAAACCUACCUUGAAACACUCAAAUGGGAUGUCCUACCCCACCCGCCGUAUAGUCCAGACCUUGCGCCAUCCGAUCACUAUCUCUUCCGAUCAAUGCAACAUGGCCUGGCUGACCAGCGCUUCUCCAAUUAUGAAGAAGUCAAAAAUUGGAUCGAUUCGUGGAUAGCGGAGAAGCCGGCCGAAUUUUUUCAGAAAGGGUAUUCGUGAAUUGCCAGAAAAAUGGGAAAAGGUCAUAGCUAGCGAUGAACAAUACUUUGAAUAUUAAAUUUGUAACCAUUUUUUCACAAUAAAGCUUCAAUUUUCGAAAAAAAAACCGCACAAAUUAACCGGUACACCAAUUAUGAUUGGGUGACCAAACAGAAAUGCUUGAAAAUUUAACACUAGGUUUAUUUUAAGUUCUUUGUGAUAAAAAAAAAUAAAACUUAAGUGUAAUGUAGAUAAUCAUUUUUUUAAAUAAAUUAAAUAUUACAAUCUUUCAAAUUAUGUACAAACAAGCUUUGCUCAGAAUAAUAUUUUGUUAGCAAUAGUUGGUCAUUGUUUAAAGAUAUAAAUUAAUUAACUUUAUGCAUCUUACCUUCCUAAUUUCUCACCUACAACACAGUUAGCACUGAUAUUAAAUUGAAUUUAUAGGAUAAUAUUGACUUAAAAAUUACAAUUAACACAAAAGGUGAUGUUCUGCAUAAAUAACAUUAAUUACCAUUUAAAUCGGUUGAAUAAUCAAAAACAAAUGGUCACAAAUUUGUUACAUUUCCAUGUAAACUUUUCCCAUGUUAAUUGUAUAAAAAUUAUGUUCUUAAAAUUAUUAAUUAAUGAUUUUAAGUAAUGUAUUCUAUAUUUUAAACUAUUAAGGCUUGUUAAUGAGGAUCCAUUGUUUGUCCCAUACAAAUGUUCACCAUUGCUUUUUUUAAUGGUUCUCUUCAAUUUUCACAAUUUUUCUUAAUUUUUAUUUUUUAUUCUCUGGUUAUUUAUCUUUCUCAUUAAGUAUUUACUUUAGCAUUAGUUUAUAUGUAUUUCUUGUAUCAUAAUGAUGAUCUUCCUCUUAUAUUGUUAUUGCAUGUAGUUAUUAAUUAUUAGGUUGUUGAAAUUUCCAUUGUACCACUUUCAAAUUGCUAGAUGGCAUAAUAAACUAAAUAAUAAUAAUAGCAAUUAAAUUAAGUGAAUUCCCAAUUAUACUACAGAAAUAUUUAUUUUUGUUGGUCCCUUUUUUUUACUUUAUAGUUACCUACCUAAUUUAUAUAAUCAUAUUAUAAUAUUAUUAUUAUGUAUUCAUAAUGUUCUCCAGUACGAUCUAAGUAUUGAAUAAAAGGGUAGUAGCCACCAAAAUAUAUUAACAAGAGUUGUAAAGAAUUGUACCACUGAAAAACUGUGCUAAUUUGUAUUCAUCCAUUCAAUAAAAAUAUCAUAAAAUAUCUACUCUCGUUGAUGCUCACUGGAGUUACUCUAAAUCGAACCCUCUGUUAUUAGGUUUAUAAAAAAAAAAACAGCUGAUAUCACACCAAAAAUACUUCAUUAUAACUCUGUGUUCCAAAAAUCUAAGUUUAAACAAAUCAUGUAAUGUCAUUACAUUUUGUAAUGAUUUAACCUUAUUUAACAUUAUAAAGUUAUGAUAGAAUAUGGAAAUUAGGUAAAAUGCCAUUUUGUUACAAAUAUCUAUAAAGACAAUUAAGAUUAAUUAAAACUUUAAACAUAAUAUUGAUUGUAAAGUUAAACACUUAGUGAACAUAUUGUUUACUUUGCAAAAUGUGUAAUACAAAUAAAUAACCACCAUAAUAAAUUUUGUAAAAAUAUUUUAAUAUAAUAAUAUAUUAAUAAUUUAUUAAUUUAUUAAACGAUGGUUAACGUUUUAUAAACCACAAAUUUUAAAAAAAAGUCACAAUGUUGUUCUUAGUUCAAAUUAAGAAAUAUUAACAGUGAUUAUAUUUACUUGCCAAAUAAAUAAUAUGUUGACUAAGUGUUUAACUUUACAACCAAUCUUUUUUGUCAUUAUGGGUAUUUGUAAUGCUACAAAACAGUAUUUUACUUAGUUUCCAUAGUAUAUCACAUCUUUUAAAGGUUAAUCAUUUCUUAAUGUAAUAUCACUACAUGUUUUUUUUUUUUUUUAAUUUAGCUUUUUUGUUAAUGGAGUUAUAACAAAAUGGUUUUGGUGUGAUUAUUAUUACAUUUGUAAGAGCUACAGUACUUCCGCUCCCAGAUAUGGUUUUCAUAAUAUUAGUGUUAGGUACUUAAGCUAUAUUUAAAACAUCUUUUAUUAUAUUGAAUUGUAUAAUCUUUGUAUUUAUUUUUAAUGAUAUUAAUGAUUAUAAUGAUCAUUAUAUUUUUCAGAUUAAUGCACAAUUCUAAACAAGAAGGUGAAGAAAUAUAUGUCCAUAUUAAAAAAGAAGUAGACAUCAUUGAGGGUUGUGUUUAUGAGAGUGAGAUUGUUAUUGAAACUGAUCCAAUGGAGUCCAUUUUGUACCAAGAAUCACAUUUUGAAGAAAAAUGA